AACGGCUGGGGAGGGACGCGGGGCGGGGUUAGAGGGGGAAGUCCCGCCUUAGCCUCUCGGGCUGCGGGCGGUGUAGCCUCUCUGCUAGAGAGACAGGAUCCCAGGGCAGUGAGGCCCGCUUGGUGAGGCUGAGCUUCACACCCUGCCAGCCGAGUUUCCUGCUUAAGUGGCACGCGGUUCUGGAAGUGUACUCUCAAGGUGUAGUUGCAGUGUCUUUCAGACUCCAGUUUGUUCCUCCAGCUCAUGCAGAUGCUUAAGGUCCAGCUGAUUUCUCUUCAUCUCUGCAAAGUUCCUGCACCAUGGCAGACCAACAGUUCCCUCAAUGGAUGGUUAAAGAUCACUGCCGGAAAAUGCAUAAACCUCCAAUGAACAUUGAAGAAUUCUUAAAGUUUCAAAAUUGGGAUUAUUGGCCAAGGGAAAUCUAUUUUGGAGACAAUGAUAAAUGGUUACACACUGUAAAGAAAAUGAAAGAAGAUAGUUCAUUUACGUCAAUUUAUACACAUCUGUGGGGAACUGUCCCUCGAAUACAUGAUGCAAUCAUUACCAUGGAGUCAAGAUUAGGGGAAUGUUCAAUUCUUUUGAAAAACCAUGCCUCUAAAAUAUUUGAUUGGAACAGCAUAAUUUCUGAGACAAGUUCUAAAAGAAAAUUGGAAAGAUACAAGGCAUUUCUAAGGAAGCACCAUAAGAGAAAGAAGAUAAUGCUUUCAGAUGAAAUGGAGACGAAGAAGACCGUAGAGGGUUGCAGCUUCUCAGGAUUCAAAACAAAUGAGCUUACUCAACUACCCAGACAUUUGGAUGCUGAACAAAUUUAUCUUUUUAUUUUAAAAACCCAGAAGUUUGAUGAAAAAGUUUUUAAAAUCUGGAAGACCCAUUUUCUCUCAGAAGCUUCUAUUGCUCUUUUACAUGAUUCAUUUUGGUGGUGGUUUCUGCAUAAAUUUAAGCCUGACAGAGAAAAUGAAGAUUCCUUGUUUGAUAGAAUUUCAGAAAGUUAUGUGGUGCUUUUCAUGAGCAUCCCUGCAAGUCGAAAGGAUACAUUCCUUCAGGUGUAUCCUGAUUGUUUGGCACAAGCUAUCUAUGCAACAUUCCAGGAAGCAUUUCCAGAAUCCAGUAAUAUUUUUAAUGAUGAAUUUAAAGAAGAUCUAGGAAAUAAUAUUUUUCUUUGGCUGUCAGGUUUAAAACCUCCAAAAGGCUUUUGGACCCACUGGAAACUCAAAAAACUCUCCACAACAACCAUACAUGGUACUAAGAAAGCACCUUCAAAAUCUGUAAAGGACAGAAUUGAAAGGAGUCAAGAACGCAUAACGGCUGCGAUAGACUUCAAUAUGAUGAAAAUUUUAAAGAACCCAAGAGCAUACACAAUGCCCACAUUCAAGGAAGAAUCAAGUGUAUCAAGUCUAACAACAAAGUCCCAUUACAGUAGCACUGGUCCAGAGUUUAACCGUGUACUGUUCAAUUUUGGAGAUACCUCAGCUGAGAUGCAAUGCUCAGGAAGUUAAGGUCAUAAAGUUAAGUACCUAUGUGGUCCUGCCUCCGGAGACCAAAUCCACUGGACUGCUCCUAACAUUCUCAUACCAGACAAAUAAGAUUAAAAUGAGCAUCAAGGACAGCCUUGAAAGAGACCAUAAAUAAUGCAGUCAGAGAAAGACAGAGGUAAUACUGAAGAGUGCUUCAGGAGGAGGAGCGGAGGCCAUACAAGGACAGUCUCAUGCCCUGUGUCUUGGCAAUCACAGAGGUUUAAAGAGCUCCUGGUUUAUCAGUGAGGCUAAGGUCUUCUCUUAACACAAGCCGAGAGCUGCCUCCUGGAGUCAUUCGCCAAUUGCUGUUUCAGAAGGGAAGUGCCUGCUUUGUUAGGCACGAAUGUGGGUUUAAGACCAGGGUUAGGAGCACAACCACAGGCCGUACCAGAAACAGGUGGGACAAGAGCCCCGGGCUUUUUAACAGCACAUUUACACCUUCUACUUACCAUCUUUCUUCUCUGUAAUAACUAAGGCAACCAACAUAUACUGCCAUGCACCUCUGGAGCCUUUCAGAAGUCAAGAAACCUUGAGGUUCUUGGUAUAUGUAGAAAUGAAGAAAUGCUUAAAUAGGUUAAAAUUUUUGAUACAUUUUAAAUAUUUAAUUUAACAAAUUGCUGCUUUUAAUGUACAGACACAUGCAUGUGUGCAUGCACAGGCACACACACAAAACACCACAAAAAAAGGUAAUUACAGAAUUUAAGAAAUUAUUAAGUCUGAGUGCACUGUGGGUGGUGUAGUUCAAAUUAUGGGACACAGUUUAACGUGGUCUAAUGGAUCCUCCUUCUUUCUGUCUUCUCAGUUUAAAUCUGGACGUAAUAUUCAUGUCCACACUUGAGACCCUUCAAGAAUGGGAAGCCCGGGCGAGAUGGCCCUCUUGGUCCCCCCCAGUAACGGAUACUGUCCUACUCUCCCAAAUGUUCCUAAUUACAAAUCUUUCCUUAACCAUAAGCCAAUCACACCACCUGCUCCAACUUACCGUGAUAUCAUAAAAGAAGCAAAAAGACAGUUUGCAAAGAAUCAAAAGGAUUUUAGAAUGUAAGUUGAUGCCAAACUGUUGUUAAAUGUAAAAUCAUAAGUGCUGUGAGCUGGAAGUAAUCAUAGAAAUCAUCUGCAUUAAGCUCCUUAUUUUACCGGUGAGGAGAGUCACUUCUGAGUGUCUUAAGAGAUUUGGAGAUUCUUUUCUAGUAAGUGUCAAGGGUAUACAUUAGAGCUGUGGAGCCAUGGCAAGUAUCAGGGGGUUGAAGGAAGGAAGGAAGCUUUGCUGUACUGUGGUUGGAGGGAUGCACCCCAGCAUGGAGAGACCAGGAGAGAGCUCCAGGGAACAGAGACUGGAGUACUGUUGAUUUACAAAGAUGAGCCCUGGGAACACAGAAAGGUUGUUUGCAGGAUGAGCUCCCUGGAGCAGGGGUGGCAGUUGGAGCAGUAUUGAGGAAUCGAAUACAACAAAGAGAGAUAAAUGGAAGAGCAGCCAGGUAGGUCUUAUCCAGCGAGCAGGACAAAAGUUUGUAGAAAAUCUGCUUUCUGAGGGGCGCCAUUUCCCUCCCACCUCCCCCAGCCCUCCAACCCCCACCACAUAUACACCCGCGCACACAGGCAUUGACACUUUGUAAGAGGGCCCCUGCUGAAGCAGCAAGGUGGAGUCCAGACCUUACUCAGGUGUCAUGGGUUAUGCGUUUGGUAUGUAUAUAUAGGAGGGGCUGGGCUGGAGUCGUCCUCCCACCGCGUAGUGCGUAGGGAGGGGAUGUUGAAGAAUUAGUCUGUGAAGGGCUUUUGCUCACAUGUAGAAGUCAGCAAAUUGCUGAUUUUUUCUUUCCCAAAUAGAAAU